AUGCGAAAAUCGGGAUGUCAGAAGAAGGGGAGCAUAGGGUCGGGAGAUAAGGAUCAGGACUGCGGAAUGAGAAUAGUAACCGUCUUGUUAGGCUCUUAUCUGCCGCACACUUUUUUCACUACAACUUCAUCUCGAAGAAAGAACUCUUGCAUGGACAUGAGAGUUACCCAACGGUACGACUUAUGCGGAGAUCGACCUCAUUCACCGAAGGUCUUACUGGACGUCUCAGUGGUACCAUAUUUCAACAGUAGUUCGGAUCACCGCCUCCUUCGAGCAAAAGUACAAUUCAGCAGAAAGCUGGAAAAGAAGAUCUGUCACCAUAUUCUGGGGAGAAUAGAAGUCAUAUAUGGGCCCAUCGAGGAGGACCCCAACGAAGUACGUCCAGCUGCUUAG